UGCUGUGCCAGGCCCUUUACGCCCCCGCUCCCCCAGCACCUGCUCUGGGGCGAUGUGACCCCCAUCUUGCUGGCAGAAUGUAGCGGGCCUGGCCCCCUGUUCCCCCUUCUCCAGGGUUUUUGGGGUGUGGUGGCCCAGCCACCCCCGUGCCCUCCCUGAAGUGCUCCCAUGGAGAGGGGGUGUCUCCUGCGUGUCACUGCAGGGAGCAAAGGCACAGCCUGGGGGUACCGGGGGGGGCGAGGCAGGGCAGGACGCUGGGGUCCCUUUUCCAGAGGAGGUCUCUGGAUGUCUCGGUGCUGCCCCCCCCCCCCACCCCCAGCUGUAGGGCCCUGCGUGGGUGCUACCCCUUCCCCAAAGCUUGGCUUGAGUCUCUCUGUCGUGUAGAGACCUGUAGGGCUGCACCGGGGCACCAAAUGUGGGUGCCGCAGCCCACCGGCCAUGGGCCUGGCGCAGAGAUGUUUGCAGGGAUAAGCAGGUGAGAUGUGCACCCCACCACCACCCCUGCCCCCGCUGAUUCUGGUGUCCCCGGCCUCCCUGCCACUGGGGAUCAGGGCCAGCAGCAGCUGUUUGCCUUUUAGCUGCAGUUCCUCGAUGGUGCUUCAUAGAUCACUGUUGUCUUCUCCUGCCCCAGACACCAGGAUUAACAAGACGGGGGGGGGCGGCUGGUGCGGAAGGAGGGCUGACAAGGGGGAGGAGGGGACAACUGCUGCCCCCAGUCCUGCUCUACUUCCCUGUGCACCUUCAGACCCCCCUGGUCCCAUCCUGUUGCCCCUGGGCACCCCCGAGGACUCCUGCUGCUGCCUUAUGGCUCUGAGCACCCCUGGGCCCCCCAGUGCUUCUCCAGUGCCCUGGCACCCCCAGUCCUGCUGAGUCCUGCUGUCCCAUUUGCUUUCUCCCUCUCUCCUGGUGUGACUCCCUCGUCAGUGCCCACUGCAGGUGUUUGUGUGACGGGGGGGCACAAUGAGCAGCAGUGAUGACUGCACUAGAACAGACCGACCCACGUGCCCGUUGGCUGGGCCUGUGCCUGUGGGCUGGGAGCGCAAGGUGGAGGAGGGCUCUGUGUGCUACAUCAGCCCCAGUGGCACCACGCUGACCUCGCUGGAGCAGACUUGCGCCUAUCUCCUGGCUGACGGGACCUGCAAGUGUGGCCUUGAGUGUCCACUCAACACGCACAAGUUCAGCCUUGUGAGCCCCUUUGUGGCACCUACCUCGAUUGAUACCCCCUCCAUGACUACUGAGGCCCCGUGUGGGGAGGGCUGGGCCCCUGACAACCCCGUGGACGCCCCAGAGCACCUCAACCUGCUGGGGCCCCAUCUGGGCAGCUCCCUGCUGGGUGCCAUGCUGCUGGAUGAGUGGGGCCAGGGGACUGGGCACCUUGGAGGCAUUGGUGGAGGCAACCUACUGGUGCCAAGCCCCCUGCUCCAGAAUCAACCACUGCUGCUCCCCACACUGCCUGUCCUGGGAGUGUUGUUGGGCACUGCCAGCCCCAUGUCCAGCCUGCUCCAGAGUCUGCAGCUGGGCCCCAGCUUUGGCUCCUCUGAGAAGUCGGCGACACCAUUGGGUCCCAGUGCUGGAGGCUCCCCCAGCCCCCCUGCACCUCCCAGCCUCCCCGAGGGCACCCCGAGGGCACCCCAAGUGCCUUAGAGCCCCCUGUGCCCUGUCGGCUGAGCCGGGCAGCUCCAGACCCAGUGGACUCCAGACUCCAGUAGCUGGCGCAUAGUCCUUUCAGUUCACAUACACGCAGGAGAAGGAGUGAGAGUACACAGAGAGAUAGUUAAGGAAAGAUUUAAUAAGAAGGUAUGAGAGGACGGACAGGCGUCAUCUGUGUCCUGGUACCAGUCAGUUGUCUCUGGAGACUCUGGCGUCAUCAGGUGGUCAUCUGAAACUUCUUCAACAAGAUUGGAGGGGAC